AUGGGCGACGCAAUGAGCCGCAAAGACCUCAAGACCUUGGUGCCUCAGCCGAGGAACUACAAGCGCCCGCCCUUCACCGUCGAGGUCAGUGAGAAGAAGGAAGGCGAGACCGCCAUACGACGCAACAUUCGCACCAAGGACGCCCUCAAAUCAACACCUGAGCCUGGCGUCAACACCAUCUACGACAUCCUACGACGAUCGAGCCAGAAGUACGGCAACGCAAAGGCCCUGGGCAAGCGGAAGCUCAUACGACUGCACGAGGAGAACAAGAAGGUCAAGAAGGUCAUCGAUGGCAAGGAGCAGGAAGUGGACAAAAAGUGGACAUACUACGAGCUGUCAGGCUACGAAUACUACUCUUUCAGUGAGUAUGAGCAGCUCGCCCUCAAAGUUGGCGCCGGAUACCGCGCAUUGGGUCUUGAGCCCAAGAAAGACCGCGUUCACAUCUUCGCUGCUACUCAUCCAUACUGGCUCGCCACUGCACACGGUGUUCACAGCCAGUCGUUGGCCAUCGUCACCGCUUACGACACUUUGGGUGAGGAAGGCCUGAAACACUCCCUGCUCCAGACCAACGCCAAGGCCAUCUUCCUCGAUCCGCAUCUCAUCACGAAGCUCAUCAACCCUCUCAAAGAAGCCAAAGACAUCCAGCACGUUGUCUACAACGACGACGAUGCUCCCACCUCCAACGCCGACCCUAAGAAGCUCGAAUCGGAUAUCGCGAAGCUCAAGGAGGCGCAUCCUCACCUGACCAUUCGAAGCUUUAGCGAAUUGGUCAAACUCGGCGAAGAGAACAAGGUUGAACCUACCCCGCCAAGUCCAGAAGAUUUGUGCUGUAUCAUGUACACCUCCGGAUCCACCGGCACACCAAAGGGCGUGCUCUUGACGCACAAGAACGUGGUUGCUGCGAUUUCUGGUGUCGACGUUAUUGUCGGCCCAUACCUUGGCCCUGGCGAUGGCCUGCUCACCUACCUUCCACUGGCACAUAUCCUCGAAUUUGUGUUCGAAUCAGCAUGUCUGUACUGGGGUGGUACUAUGGGUUAUGGCAACCCAAAGACCAUCUCCGACGCGUCGAUGAAGAACUGCAAGGGUGAUAUCGCGGAAUUCAAGCCAACGAUUUUGGUCGGGGUGCCUGCCGUUUGGGAGACUGUCAAGAAGGGUAUCCAGGCCAAGGUCGCUAAACUCAAUCCGAUUUCUAGGAACAUGUUCUGGGGAGCCAUGACCGCGAAGAACUUCAUGAUGAACAACUCAAGCUACCUGCCAGGUUCCCAUAUCGGCACGAGCAUCGUGGACAACGUGGUGUUCAAGAAGGUCGCCGAGGCGACUGGUGGCAGACUGCGCAUUUGCAUGAACGGCGGUGGUCCUGUGGCCAAAGAGACACAGCGAUUCAUCUCCAUGUGCAUUGCGCCGAUGAUCUCUGGUUAUGGUUUGACCGAGACUUCAGCCAUGGGUGCUCUCAUGGAUCCACUGUCGUGGACUGAUGAAUCACUCGGUGAGGUCACGGGUGCAGUCGAAGUCAAGCUGGUGGACUUCCCUGAUGCCGGCUACUACUCCACGAACACUCCACCCCAGGGUGAGAUCUGGAUCCGUGGAGAUUCCGUCACUGCAGGAUAUCUUGAUCUGGAGAAGGAGAACAAGGAGUCGUUCGAAGAUGGCUGGUUCAAGACUGGUGAUAUCGGCGAAUUCAACCAGAGAGGCGAGCUUCGAAUCAUCGACCGCAAGAAGAACUUGGUCAAGACACUCAACGGCGAGUACAUCGCGCUUGAGAAGCUCGAGUCGGUCUACCGAUCCUGCCACGUGGUAGGCAACAUCUGCGUUUACGCUGCCCAGGAUCAAAACAAGCCAAUCGCCAUCGUCGUCCCCGCGGAGCCCGCGCUCAAGCAGCUCGCAAACGACAACGGCAUUUCCGGCAACGGUCUCGAGGAUCUCUGCAGCGACAAGAAGGUCAACGAUCUCGUGCUCAAGGAGAUGCAGGCCGCUGGUAAGAAGGGCGGCCUGUCCGGCUUUGAGAUCAUCGAGGGUGUGGUUCUGGCGGAUGAGGCUUGGACGCCGGAGAAUGGUCUCGUCACAUCCGCUCAGAAGCUCAACCGCAAGGGCUUGACGGACAAGUACAAGAAGGAGAUCGAUGCGGCGUACGGCAAGAAGUAA